AACAUGAAGGCACUGGUGUUUCUGGCUCUGAUCGGAGCAGCAUUUGCUGCUGCUGAUGACGAGAAAGUGGUUGGAGGCUAUGAGUGUUCCAGGCACUCUGUGCCCUACCAGGUGUCCCUGAACGCUGGCUACCACUUCUGCGGUGGGUCCCUCAUCUCCAGCCAGUGGGUGGUGUCUGCAGCUCACUGCUACAAGUCACGCAUCCAGGUUCGUCUCGGCGAGCACAACAUCGCCGUGAACGAAGGCACAGAGCAGUGGAUCGACUCUGCCAUGCUCAUCAAGCACCCCCAGUACAACAGCUACAAUCUGGACAACGACAUCAUGCUGAUCAAGCUCAGCCGCCCAGCCACCCUCAACAGCUACGUCCAGACCAUUGCCCUGCCCACCCGCUGUCCCGUGGCCGACGAGAACUGCAUGGUGUCCGGGUGGGGCAACAUGUCCGCCAACGGCAGCAACUUCCCUGACAGGCUGCAGUGUCUGAGACAGCCCAUCAUCGACGACAGGAUCUGCAAGAACGCCUACCCACACCUGCUCACUGAGAACAUGCUGUGCUCCGGAUUCAUGCACGGAGGUGCCAGCAGCUGCCAGGGAGACUCCGGCGGCCCUCUGGUGUGCAGCGGUCAGUUGCAGGGCGUGGUCUCCUGGGGGUACGACUGUGCCAUGCAGGGUCACCCCAGCGUCUAUGCUCGUGUGUGCCGCUACAACAGCUGGAUCAGCAGCGUGAUGAGCAACAACUGAACACACACUUGGGUCAUGUCCAAGUAUUUAUUUGGUUGUGAUGGUGACUUCUCCACGUGAAUGACAAUAAAGAUAUUCACCAUU